CUCACAAACCUCGAAGAAGCCUCACCCUUGACUUCAGCGUCAAUGUCCUCUUAUCCCCAUAUGUACAACUAUUCGUCUAGGGAAAGGCGGUGACACCUCUUUCCAAUCGAAAAGUCACUGACGUCGGCAACUAACCGCCAGCCAGUCAUGCAUGUCUAUCUCCUACCCGCAGAAAUUUUACUCGACAUAUUCACUCGUAUUUCACUUCCUCAACUUACUGUUCUUGCAAGGACAUGUAGGAAAUUCAAGGAGCCUGCCCUUGAUAUUCUUUGGAAAUACAUAUAUGGGUUCAAACCACUCAUCUCAUGCCUGCCUGAAGGCGUCAAUAACGCAGGAAACUUGACGCUCCAAAGACCUCUCCUAGCUGGAGAAUGGGGGCUAAUCCAUCAAUAUGCACGACGUGUCCACUCCUUUACGGUCAACAGGUCUGAGCUAGACAAUCAUGUCAUGCAAGCGCUCAUGUCUACCCCAUCACCCACAUCCCUCUUCCCAAACCUUCGUAUAUUGUGUUGGUGUGACGACCGAGAACACUUCUUUCCACUCUUGCGCACCAUCCUUGGGUCAACUAUCACAUCAAUCUGGCUGGGCUUUCUAUCAACAUCCUCGUUUGCCCAACUUGCGUUGUUAGCUUCCCUCGGAGGUCGAUGUCCAUCCAUUCGGGAGCUCACCUUGUGUGUCAGUGAUUUUGGAGAAAGUUCGGAUGCAAUUUGUAAGGCUCUGUCUGGCUUGCGGGAGCUUUCCCGUCUUGACACAGGGAAACUGAGUCGGCGAGAGUUUCUUCGCUUGGCUUCUUUACCGGCCCUCAAGUCUCUGAGCUUCACACUGGGGAUAAACGACACCCACGAAAUGCAAUCUGACUUCACUCCAACAAUUUUACCCCAACUCGAUCAACUACAGUUCAUUGUAUUGAUGCAAUACAUUGUCGUUGCCGGACACUUUCUCGGAAGCGUCCGUCUUCCUUCCUGUCGAUCAGUGAGGGUGCGCAUCGAUUCUGAUGCCUUAAGCUAUGAUUCAGAGGUCCUGUGCAAUCCACUGCAUAUCCCCAACCUCAUCGUCUCCCUCUCGGAGUGCCUCUCUCCUGCUCUUGAGGAACUUCACGUCGAGUUUCAUCUCGCCCUCAACUAUAUUGACAGAGAAGACAUAAUCGCCAGUCGCAGCUAUGUGCUUGGCUUUAACGCGAUCGCCCCGUUGCUGCCAUUUAAUCGCUUGACAGACUUACAGCUCGAUUGGAUAUGUACUUCGGGCAUUAAUGAUGUCUCGCUCAAGACACUCGCGCAAUCCUGGCCUCAGCUCGAGCGGUUCUACUUUGGAGGUACAGCUUGUUGGACAGUCCUGCCAUCUAUGACCUUCACAGCACUCGUCCACCUCAUCCAACAUUGCCCGCGCUUGCACACCGUUCAAAUGUCCUUUUGCGCAACUCCAGUUGACUACGAUGAUGACCCAUUCUUUUUUGAAACCAUUCCCAAUGAGAAGAUCACUACGCUUUCUGUGGGGAUGUCUCCGAUCAGCGAUCCCUGCGCCGUGGCCUAUAUAUUCCUUAGAUUGCUACCCAAGUUGGAACGUGUUAGAUGGCUCAAUAACGGCACACCCGCGCCACCGCCAUUUGAACAUCUUGAGGAUAGAUGGAAUGCUGUGAAUGAGAUCCUGGCGGCCGCGAACUGAAAUGAUGGACCCUGGACAUAUUAUGGAUAUGUGUUGCGAAGUAUUCCGAAGCAGCGGAUCUGGGCGGGGGGAGGCUAUAGCGCAUCCUUACAAUUUGUAGACAUUAGCUGGCAUCUAUUGU